AUGGCCGCCCCUCCGCCCCGAGCGCUGGGAAUGAACCGGCGGCGCUGCCCCCAUCAGAAAUACAGAGCCAUUCUGAAGAAAGAAAAGAGGAAAAAAAAGCGGCAGGCACUUGCCAAAUUGAGAGACUCAGAAGCUACAGAAAAAGAUGAAUCAGUGUCAGAGGAGGAAGAGGAGGAGCUCGAAGAAGAGGAAGAUGAGGAAGAAGAAAAAAAACUUGAGGCAGAAAGACAAAAACUACACGAGCAGUGGUUGCUGAGAGAAGAAAAGGCUCAAGAAGAGUUCAAGCUUAAGAAAGAAAAAGAAGAGGCUGCAAGAAAACGUCAAGAGGAAGAAGAGAGAAAGAUCAAAGAAGAAUGGGAAGAGCAGCAAAGAAAAGAGAGAGAGGUGGCACAGCAGAAGCAACAGGAGAAGAGAGAAAGAGAGGCAGCUGUGCAGAAGAUGCUGGAUCAAGCUGAAAGCCAGCUGGAGAAUGGUGUGACCUGGCAUAACCCAGAGCCCCCGGAGAAUAUAGGAACAGAGAAGGAUAGAGCAAAUUGCCCGUUUUAUAUCAAAACAGGUUCCUGCCGAUUUGGAGACAGGUGUUCCCGUAAGCAUAACUAUCCUACAUCUAGUAAGACACUGCUUGUGCGAGGGAUGUUCAUUACUUUUGGCAUGGAGCAGUGUCGAAGGGAUGACUACGACACCGAUGCAAGCCUCGAGUACAGUGACGAGGAGACCUAUCAACAGUUCCUAGAGUUCUACGAGGACGUGCUCCCUGAGUUUCAGAAUGUGGGGAAGGUUGUUCAAUUCAAGGUCAGCUGCAACUAUGAGCCUCACCUACGAGGAAAUGUGUACGUCCAGUAUCAGACGGAAAAGGACUGUCAGGCAGCUCUUGCUCUGUUCAGUGGCCGAUGGUACGCAGGCCGGCAGCUUCAUUGUGAAUUUUGUCCUGUGACAAGGUGGAAGACUGCAAUUUGUGGCUUAUUUGAAAGGCAGAAGUGUCCAAGAGGGAAACACUGCAACUUUCUUCAUGUAUUCAAAAAUCCAAACAAUGAGUUCUGGGAGGCCAAUAGAGACAUACGUGUUUCUCCAGAACGGACUAAUCAGUUAUCUAAAAACUCUGAAAGGAGAAACAGAUCGAGCCAUCGUGAUGACUAUUAUGGCCGAUCAAGGAGAAGGGGCAGUCCAAGCCCAGAUCAUUCUUACCGGAGAAAUGGGGAAUCUGAGAGAAAAAAGAAUCGCCGCAAAAGCAAGAAAAGGCGCCGGUCUGGCAGGUCAAGAAGUCGAGAAAGGAGGAGGUCACGCAGCAGAGGGAGAAAGAGGAGAGGACGCAGUCGGAGCAGAAGUUACAGUCGAACACGCAGUCGGAGCAGAAGUCGGAGUUCCUCUCGAUCCAGGAGUAGGGGCAAAAAGAGGUCAAGCAGCAGAGGAAGAAACAGUGAAACUCCCAAAACAAAGUGAGAAAUAAUUUUAAGAAAUUGCUAACUGAUCAAAAUGUAGAGCUGACAAAGAAACCUUUCCAAUAGGGCACCAGAUACAUUUGAGUUACAAAUAAAGUGUUCUUGCACAUUAAAACGUUUCUUCCGAAUAAAGGACCCUAGUUUACUGUGUGCUAAGCUUCAGAAAAUUAAAAGUCCUAUAUAAGGUGUAAAUGUCAAGUACUCUAGCUACUCUGUCCCUCUGAACUACUGCAACAUUUGGAUGCAUACUGAGUACAAAAUAGAAAGAAGUAAAGCUUUUUUGGUAUAUGCUUAUGCCCGUGUUAUGUGUGUGUUAAGUGUUUACUGUCCCUGUAAGGAGUUAGUACAGAACAGCUAGUGUGCUGUAAAUCCGCACAACAGCAUACUGCAAACUGAAGACUGUGUAAAAGAGAGCCAUUUAUGUUUACCAAAUGUUUAUGGGAAUUUUCUUUCUAGACAAAGUAAUAUAAUCAUCUUAUGCUUGGAGAAAAGGGAUCUAAAAAGACUUCACAGUUUGAUUGUACAAUAGUUGCCCAGUAGGAGCUUUGUGGUCGUAAGUGUUGGAUUUUUCUCUCCCAUGACUGAGCUGCUGAGCUAAUUGCCUGUAGGGAUUGCAGUAGACUAAAACCAAGUAGGAAGAACAGAAAAAAUAAACAAUCAACUUAUUUAGUACCUUAAUCCCCAAGUAAGAGAGGAGACCACACACUUGUAAUCCUGGAGUGAAAACAGAAAAUAGUUUUCAUACCUCUUAGUUGCAUGCCAUUUGUAGUUGGAAACCUCCUGCUUAACCUGCGGUGGAGCGGUAGGGAGAGUCUAAAUCUGGUCACUAAACAUGCAAAUGAAGUUGUAAAGGCUCAAGAUGACUGCAGAGAUGUUGCAGAGUGGCUAAAGAAACUGAAAGGUUUAUACCUGAAAUAAUACUUCAGGGUUUUGGAUUUUUUUUCCUGAGAUGAGGACUUGAUUUGAAGCCCUUUUAGGCUUGUAUUAUAAGCAGUUUAAGGCACCCUACUGCCACUGCAGAGAGUGGGGUACAUAAAAAUGAAGUUAUUACAAUGAAGCUUUCUUGAAAUGACAGCUGUGUUAGCAAAGUACUUGCAAUUAGCACAGUCCUUAUAAAUAUUUCUCUUUUAAAUGAAAGAUUUAAGCUGUUAAAUGGACUCGGUUUAUCAGGUGUUUAACUUAGGCACUUAUGGCAUCUGUGUGUUUGUGGAGAGAGCAGUUUGUGGUAUGUAAGGUGCAGCUGCCCUGAUCUGUGUGCAGAUACCUCCCUCUCUUCAGCCUCUCUAGAGAAUUUGGGAUUCCUGCCUUCAAGGAGGUAGCUCUAAGUUGUUAGAAGCCCAAAGCAAAUGUGAAAUGCUCCCAAAUAGAUAUUUGUUAUGAUUCAAUAAUACAGCGUAAAGUCCCACCAAAAAUCUGGAUUUCCAAACUCACUAUAGCAUUUCUCACAGCAUUCUUUUUUUUUCCCAGGACAGUUGAGAGCAGAUGAACAUUGCUCCUGGUUACAAUAUAUAUAUUGUAAUAUAUAAAUUAUUAUAUAUUACAAAUUGUUAUUGUAAUAUAAAAUUAUUUUUCUUAAUGCAUAUAGCACCCAGCAUGCUGAUGAUACCUUUUCUUCUUUCAUGUUUAACUGUUGUCCACUAUGGAGUCAUACAACAAAAGCGCUAUAUAUUGUUGUUCAGUUCAAACCCAGUUUUCACUAUAUAUUAUCAUAACUGUAGACAGAACGGUAGCUUAGUUAAUUUGAUUUAGAUGUUUUAGUUAUUAACAGAUGUAGGAACUGUAAUUCAAUGGCAUAACUUUUGAAGUAAAGGUAACUUCACUCGAAAGGCGUAUUUCAAUGGACAGCACUAAGUUUCAAACUAUAUGGGAGAAAUUUGCGACAACCGGUUUUUUAUAAUGUAUCUUUUCUGACUACACCAUGCAGAUCUUCCCUGAGUUUUCUAUUUUUUUCAUGGAUGCUCGCUUGUCUAGUUGGGGUACUUAUGCAGAGUACAGCAAACUCAUGCAGCUAAACUGUCAUUUUACUGCUUGCUGAGAUGCAUCGCUAACAGGCCAGUAAGAUCCUCACGCCACUGGCGCUGCCUUGCUUCCUGCAACUGGCAUUCUAAAACACACACUCUAGUGUGUUGUAUAGCCCAUGCCAUGCAGCAGGCUGCUGCUGAGGGUUAUCUGAAGGAAAUAAACUACUAAGCUUGACCAGAAGAUAAGGCCGGUGUGGUGGGAUGCUGAUUUUGUGAUAUCUGUGACAAGCCGGGUGAAAAAAGUGAAGCUGACCUCUGUAGGAUUAGGAACUAUGCGCCAACUAAGACCCACGUGAGAAUUCCAAGGCUUCUUCUCCCCACAUUUUUGUAAUGGGAUCUGGGAAGUUGAGCGGCUGUAUUUAAAAAAAAAAAGUUCUUAUAAUAUUAAUAAUAAAACUUGCUCAGAGAUGCAUGUAAAAUUUAAAUGUACCUUAUUUCUGCUACUCUGAUGGUCAAACCUUCAGCUUUUUUUCUUGAUAUCUGGAUCCAAACUCCCUGGCUGUACUUGUGUGCUGUAGGACUGAUAGCUGUAACUGUUCGGUUUCACAUGCUGUCUGCUUAUUGCACUGAAACAAAUGCUUUAGAUCUGACAUUUUGCUUGCUUUUGUUAGCAUGAAACCUGGAAUUCAACCAGUUUUCAGACGUUAAGAGUUCAUAUAGUUCAAUGUUGUUUCCAUACUUCAUAAUCUUAAGUAGUGUCGUAUGCAUGGUUUUGUUUCCUUAUUAGCUAAGUGAGCUAUUUACUCUGAACUAAAAUUCCUAAACGUUAAGCUUCUUUCUCCAAAGGAGAAAAGCCCGGAACAAUGCAGGAUGGAUUAGAUUUGCAAGGAAUAGCUUGUUCUCACUUUGUGCUAUUCUGCGUGAUCCACAUAGAAGGACUACAUAAAGUGCAUUAACAGUU